UAUAGCGUAAGCAUAACCACAGACAAACAUUACUUGUAUGAUAAAAGUUUGCAAAAUAUAAAUAUGGAAAUAUUUCCUAAAUAUCAACAUCUUCAAAUAGAAGAAAUUUGCCGGAUUUGUUUGACAAAAAAAGAUCCAAUGCAAUUACUUUCCGAUGGUGGUUUAUUAGAUAUGCUGAUUGAGUGUGUAUCAAUACAGUUGGUGGAAGAAGAUGGUGUUUAUUUAAUUUGUAAUGAUUGUAAAAGCGAGAUCAGUCAUUGGUACGUUUUUAAGCAACAAGUUGUUAAAGCUUUUGCAAUUUGUCGCCUUCUAAUUAAAGAGAAGCAACAGAGAGUUGGUGAUGGGGAACGAAAAUUGGAGGAUAACGAAAGUGUAACUGAAAAACAUUGGAGUUGCUUUGUGAAUAAUAGUUGUCUUGAAUUUGGUGGCGCUGCUUCUAGUGAGUUGUCGCCUUUAGUCAAUGUGACUAAUGCAGAUUCAAUGAUUUUGAAAGACGACUUUAAAUGUUCCCAGUGCUCGAAACAGUGUGCCAAUCAUAACGCAUUACAAAGACAUUUAAAAAGACAUGCAUAUGGCAAAGUUUACGAAUGUUCAAAGUGUACCAAAGUAUUCAAACAAUCCCAAACGCUCGCCGAUCAUAUGAGGCGACAUUAUGACAAUAGAAAUUUUGCAUGUGAAGUAUGCGGGAAAAAGUUCUAUAAACAGUUCAAUGUGACUGAACAUAUGCGUAUUCACACUGGGGAAAGGCCAUUUAAAUGUGAAUCAUGCGAACGGACCUUUACAAGAGCCUUAUUACUACGAAAUCAUGUAAAAAAGGCGCACACCGGUGAUAAAAAGUUUAUAUGUGAGGUGUGUUCAAAAAGUUUCGUAGAUGGAUACCAAUUGAAAAUUCACUUACGAAUCCACACAGGUGAAAAACCUUUCCGCUGUCAGUAUUGUGAUAAAUCAUUUGCAAUGCAGGGUCAGCUUAAGUCCCAUACAAAGUAUAGACAUACACAUGAAAAGAAUUAUAUUUGUAAUGUUUGUGCCCGAGCGUUUACAGCAAAGCAUACCUUAGAGGAACACUUGCGUACUCACACCGGAGUCAAGAAGGAACCCAAGCACACUUGCAACAUCUGUAAUAAAAAGUGUAUAACAACUACACAAUUGCGGAUACACAUUAAAUCAGUGCACACAGGCGAAAGGCCGUUUACUUGCGCAAUUUGCGCGAAACGUUUCGUUACAAGAACUGCUGUCGAAUCUCACAUGAAAACGCACACAGGUGUUAAAUCUUUUGUUUGCACAGACUGUGGCAAAGGGUUCAAUGCAAAGUCCAGUUUGAAGAUUCACGAAAGAAUUCACACUGGUGAAAGGCCGUACAAAUGUGAAUAUUGCGAUAAAACAUUUGCGCAGGGCAGUACUUUGAAAACGCAUCUAAAAUUGCAUUAAUUUAGGUUGUAAUUAAUAAACGUUUGUUGAAUGAC